AUCAGUUGGGUGCUGAAGCAGAGAAGGAGGAGGAGGGAGCGGGGAGCAUUGGCCUGAGGGAGGGGAGCCCUUCAUGUUAAGGAGGGUCCCUUAUUGCGGGAGCUGCGUAACAGGUACAGAGGGAUCAGCCCGUGUCUUGGGCAGCUGGAUUUAUCUACAGCUGGAUGUGCGCCCGGGGAUAGUGGAGCUGUCAGUAUGAGUGCCGUAUCUCAGCACCAAGCUGUUCAGAGCCCCCUGGAUAAGCCCUUGGGAAAUGCAAUCCUGUGCAACAACUGUGGGAAUGCCUGUAAGGGAGAGGUGCUGCGGGUGCAGAGCAAAUAUUUCCAUAUUAAAUGCUUUGUGUGUAAAGUGUGUGGCUGUGACCUUGCCCAGGGGGGCUUCUUUGUCAGACAAGGAGAUUACGUGUGUACUCAGGACUACCAGCGACUGUAUGGAACCCGCUGCUUCAGAUGCGAUGAAUUCAUCGAGGGAGAAGUUGUUUCUGCACUAGGGAAAACCUACCAUCCCGGCUGUUUUGUAUGUGCGGUAUGUAGGAACCCUUUUCCCCCUGGUGACCGUGUUACUUUCAACGGCAAGGAGUGCGUCUGCCAAAAAUGUACCAUGUCUCCAACGGUUGGAAGCGGCAACUUCUGCAUCCAGGCACUUCGAAAUUGCGGCGGUUGUGGCUUGGAGAUAAAGAACGGACAGUCAUUGGUAGCUUUGGAAAAACACUGGCAUUUGGGAUGUUUCAAAUGCAAAACCUGUGGCACGCCCCUGAAAGCAGAGUAUAUCAGCAAAGAUGGAAUUCCAUAUUGUGAAAUGGACUAUCACGCUAAGUUUGGCAUAAAAUGUGACCACUGUGAGAAAUUCAUCACAGGUCGAGUGUUGGAGGCUGGAGAAAAGCACUAUCACCCAACGUGUGCCCGAUGUGUCCGUUGCAGCCAGAUGUUCGCAGAAGGCGAGGAGAUGUACCUGCAAGGAAACUCAAUAUGGCACCCCAUAUGUAGGCAGGCUGCCAAAGCAGAGGAAAGGAAUAAGGAGACAAGAACAUCCUCGGAGAGCAUUAUUUCAGUACCUGCAUCAAGCACAUCGGGGUCUCCGAGUAGAGUCAUUUAUGCCAAACUCGGGGAUGAAAUUCUUGACUACAAGGAUUUGGCGGCCCUGCCUAAAAAUAAAGCCAUCUAUAAUAUUGACCGUCCUGAUAUGAUCACCUACUCUCCAUAUAUCAGUUACUCUGCAGAUGACAGACAUAGUUAUGGGGAGUCACCUCAGUUGCUCUCUCCAACACCUACAGAGGGAGACCAAGAUGAUCGGUCACUUAAACAGUACAGAGCUUCCAGCCCUAGCUCGACUGGAUCUUUGGGGUAUGGUCGUUACACCCCUACCUCCCAUUCUCCACAGCAUUACAGCAGAACAGCUGGUACCCUGCCUUUUGGUACCAGCAGCUGCAUCUCCUUGUCCCAACACACAAGCCCUACAUCUACAUUCAGGCAUCAUUACAUCCCUUUCUUCAAAGGCAGUGAAAGCGGCCGGAGCACGCCCAGUCUAUCCAUGUGCUCAGACAGCAAAUCUUCAUCUUCUUCCUAUCAACAAGCGCCUAGGCAUUUCCAUAUCCCAGACUCUGGAGUUAAAGAUAACAUCUAUAGGAAACCCCCUAUCUACAAACAGCAUGCAUCAAGAAGAUCUGAGGGAGACCAAAUCAAUUUAGAUACAGACAGCAGUAAGGUAAAAACAAGUUGGCUGAUUCUUAAAGGAGAGGUUGACGCUGACAGUAAUUCCACAGAUACAGAUUCUCAUAGUACAAGAAACUACAGAGAUGUGUCUCAGAGGGUGCCGGGAGAUGCUAAGCAUUCGGGACUGCCUUAUUCCAAGUCUGCAUCACUUCCUGGCUAUGGGAAAAAUGGACUCAACCGAGCUGCCAAUUUUGGGGAAUUUCACCUCGAUGACGACUCCAGCUGGGGCAUGAGAGAGUACAAGGUAAGAGACGUCAGCCGUGCGUCCAACUCCUCCCCACCUUACAAGGUCUAUCCCUAUGAAAUGCUCCUCGUCACCAACCAAGUGAGGGUGAAGCUGCCCAAGGACGUGGACAGGACCAGACUGGAGAGGCACCUAUCAGUGGAGGAAUUUAAGCAUGUAUUUGGGAUGACUCUCGAGGAAUUUGAUCGGCUGGCGCUUUGGAAAAAGAAUGACCUGAAGAAGAAAGCGCUGCUUUUUUAGCCCCUUUUUCCUGCAAGCGCAUUGACUCCCCUCCAGCCCUACCAGAACUGCAACUCCCCAGGCUGAUUUGUGAAGACAAGACUGUUCCACAUGUGCAUGGCCAGCUGGUUUACUUCAGUUCCUUCUGGUCCAAGCCAUAACCCCUCACUGUAUGUUGCUUUAUUUGCAGUCCUGGAUCAGCCCACAGACACAAUGCUAUAGAGAAGUGUAUCUCUGCUACAAGGCAAGCUCUCAUAUACUUAUUGCUAUCCCUAUUGCUAUUAAAGGGGCAGUGCACAAUA